AUGAAAACAGCCGUGCUCUUAUCUCAUUUCACUUUUGCCCUUUUCGCUGGCGUUGUCGCUGCACGCCAACAGCCAGUAGUACCAAAAUCCAUGUAUAUCGGCACUGCCGUCAGUCCCGGGAGCAUCUACACUCAAAAGGGCUUCCCUAUCCCGGACUAUCCUUUCCAUAGCACCAUUUCGAUGACAUCGAACUUCGAAUCUGCUAAAACGCUCGCUUUCAAAGAGAGAGAUGUAAUCAAAGCCCAGGAUGCUUACGUCUACUUCAUCAACACGAAGGGUCUCCAAAAUUCUUUAAGCGACGUUCACAGCACGUUUCACAGAGAACACGAGCCUUCAAGAACUUAUGAUAAGGGGCAGUGGAUGAGCGUUUCUCCCAUCCCGCUGAAUAAUAUCCAGAGAAUCAGUGUUUUGAAACGUAAUGGAAGGACAGUGAUAAUGACGCGCCAAGAUAUGGAAACCGCAGCCUCGAAUAAGGUUGACCUUUCUUCGCCCUAUUUCGGAGAGCCGCUCGUCUGGCCCUUGGACCUCAGCAGGAACCAGAAAGUUGCAAAGACAAAGGAGGGCUCCUCAGACGGUCACGUGGCGAUUCAAAUUGACUAG